AUGGGGAGGGCCUUUGCUAUAACGAUUGGGGUUUUAGGUUCUCUGGUAGGGGGAAGAGCAGGGCUCACACUGAGCACUUUACUGUCUUCACCUAUAAACUGCUUUCUACUUCAUGCCCUCGAGAGAGAUGUGCUUAUUCCACCAAUUUUGUUAAGCACAGGUCAUGGGAGGGGAGGGACUUGUUCUGUUCAGAGAAAGAGCUUGAUUAGACUUUUUCCCCCAAGAGGAAGGAAACUGCUGUGGUUACAUUAUCCACUAACUGGGACGCCCCAGUGUUUUAUUGCUGGUGGGGAGAAAGGGAGGGGGCUUGUAGAAGAAACUGAGCAUAGGAAGCUGCCUUCAUGUAGUCAGACAAUGAGUCUGUCUAGGUUAGAAUUGUCUGCACUGACCGGCAGCUGCUGCCCAGUAUUCCAGGCGGCGGAGUGGGGUGUGUGUGUGUCUCACCUCACCCUCCCUGGAGAUGAACCCGGGACCUUCUACACGCAGAACGCCUGCUCAGCUGUGAGGCCCUUUCCCCACACGGGGGCAGCGGGGAGAGACGGAAAGGCCUUUGUUUUGCCUUGGCUGGGCCACAAAGGCUGCUGUAGCAAAGAGGCAGCCAGGCCCAUCUGCCUUCUGUGCUCCCAGGGCGCUUGCAGGAGGUUAUUAAUAGAGCUCUGGGAGAACCUUGCCAAGACCCGGCUCGUCUUAGCCACAGAUGAUGGAGCCCCCCCCCACUCCGCCCCUGCCAUGGUCAGAGAAGCUUUUGAUUUGUCUCCCUUCCACUCUCCUCCUCCUUUCCCCACCCCCCUUGAAGGCGAGGAUGGGCAGUCCCCCUCCCCCUUAACAUCUGGCUUGUGCUGCUUUCCAAGACCCUCCAGGUCUCUAGCGAGGCUGCGCUCUGGAGUCGCAGCUCAAAGGAAGCAGAGCGACAGCAAAGAUGAUCCUGUAUGA